AUGAUCUGUGCGGCCAUUUCCUUGUCUUCAUGCGUUCGAGGACAGGCACUGCCAAUGAACGAUACAAAUACCAGUGAUUUGCCGGUGCUAAAGAGAAGUCGACGUUAUUUGGAUUUUACCAAGGGAGCUCGCAUUUCGUGGCGUUGUAAUGUGAAGAACAACAUCCUUAAGGUGAAUACCUUGUGGGCCUAUGGCUAUGGUUUUCGUGCUAAUUUUCCAUUUCCCGACAAAGCGGACAGGCUGCGUCCCUUCUACAAGAGAGAUGUGUUUCAGGGCUUGUCUGAUGUGCUGGAUGGGCACGGCUUGGAUGGCUCCGCAUGUUUACUCAAAUCAUUUUGUACAGCCCAUUUGGCUUCGGAUAGGGAUGUGGGAAAAGGCAUGUUGUUCAAGCUGCUCAAGUUGUUAUUCACAGCUUCCUUGUCGGUGGCGGGACAGGCAUCAGGCUCAAGUGAUACGGAUAAGGAAAUUGCAUUUAUUUCCGUCAACGGAAGUCAUCUGGAUGUCAGCAAAACAGCAUUGCGCAGCUCAACGCUCAAGGCAGAGUCAGACAGCUCAGCAGUCAGCCAGACAUUGAAGCGGGGCAAACGAUAUUUAGAUUUCUUGGAGACCAGUCGCAUGAUUUUUCGGGUCAAUGUGAAGAACAACAUAAUUCCUAAGCCAACGAUAUGGGCCCAUGGCUAUGGCUUCCGUUGCAAUUAUCCAAUUGAAAACGAUAGGAAAGUAAGGCCCUUCCGUCGUGAUACCUACGAGGUAUUGGGUGAUUUAAUGCAAAACAUUGGCUUCGAUGGACAGGCCUGUAUUUUAAAGGCUUACUGUGCAGCUCACUUGGACGAUGAUACACAACCAAAUGGGGGCAUUCUGUUUAAGCUUCUCAAAUAUAUAUUCACGCUUAACAGUGAGGACAAACGCCACUUCCCCUAUUUACACCAUGGAAAUUGCCAACAGAUCUUGCAUAGCCAUUGUCCGCUGAGCUUCAACAAUAUAUCCCCCUUUACAGAUGAUGUGUGA